AUGUGCUCCACUGGCUAUUCCGAUAGGAGUCUCGUUCCUUUCAAGUACGAACUCUAUCCUCUGGGAACAAUUCAGCCCAACGGAUGGUUCAGAGACCAGCUUCGACUCAGUGCGAAAGGUCUUGGGGGACACUUGUUCCACUUCUACCGCUUCGUCAAGCAAAGCACUUGGCUUGGGGGGACGUGGGAGUACACCCCCUUGAACGAGGCCGCCCCGUACUGGUACAACUACAUUGUCCCCCUAGCCUAUACUCUCGAUCAAGAGUCAGACCCCAAGCUAUUUUUCGAGAUUAAAAGGCAGGCCGAAUAUUUCUUGGAUUACACCCUCGAGCAUCAGGCGGAAGACGGUUGGCUAGGCCCGGAGACCAAUGCCCACACCCGUGGCAUAUGGGCGCGAUGUCUGCUGCUUCAGGGACUCACGAAUCAUGCCAUUGCAGAUUCCUCAAGGCGCGCAAUGAUUCUGGAUGCCGUUUUCCGUUUCGUUCGAUUGGUCCAUAGCAUGCUGAAGAACAACUACCAAGGCUACAUACCCCAGGAAGGCGACGUGUUCGACUUACAACUAUUUGGAGUUGCCCGAGCUCACGAAUUGGCUCUUACACUUCAAUGGCUCUACGGACAAACCGACGAUACCAAUGACCGCCACAUAAUCUGGGAGGUCAUGGACAUGAUGUGGGAGGGGUCCCGGAUCAUGGAGAGAGAUUGGACGAAGUUCUUUGGAGAGGAUUUCCCGAAAGAGCCAUCAGUCAGGCACAAGUCAUUGAACUUCAAACAUGGCGUGAACGUUGCCCAGGGUCUCCGAUACCCAGCUCAUCUCUACCGCAUGAAACCUUCCGAAGACCUUGCGGCUCUUUGCAGGGAAGCAGUCAACAAAACAUUCGCCUUCCACGGCACUGCCGCGGGCUCCAUCAGCAGCGACGAGUACAUCGGCGGUCUUUCUCCACAACGUGGCUCCGAGCUUUGCUGUUCGGUCGAGCUCAUGUUCUCCCUUUCUUACCUUUAUCAACUCUUUGGAGAUAAUCACUUCGCCGACAUGGUAGAAUCGGCAGCUUUCAACGCCGUGCCUGCCGGCAUCAGUGCCGACUGGUGGAGUCAUCAAUACAUCACGCAGGUCAACCAGCCCUGGGCCCGCGAACUCGAGCUACCAGAGGGAGACAAAACACCGUUCUAUGAUGUCUGUCGAUAUGCCAACGUGUUUGGGCUGGAACCUGAGUUUCCUUGCUGUACUGUCAACCACCCGACAGCUUACCCAAAGCUCCUGAUGAACGCAUUUCUCUGGAAACGUUCUGGUGAAGGGGCCCUGGCUAUACUUCACGCCUACUUGAUCCCAUCGAGACUGAAGACGGAUGGAAUUACCAUCAACUGCGAGUCAAACUACCCGUUUGCCCCUUGUGCACUACGAUACAUCAUAUCUACCGACAAGGCCUUCGACUUUCUCAUCCGUAUACCAACUUGGGCCACGGCUUCUUCGACAGUUGAGCUGAGAGAAACAAUCUCGGAAGAUUCGGUAGAAAUAAGGCAAUUUGUACCAAAUACCAAGGAUAAGUCCGAGUGCGUCCACAAGAUCAGCGUACCAUCAGCAGGCAACUUCGACGUGUUCGUUACCAUCAAUGCAGAAGUUCGCAUCGAGAAACACGACAAAAAUUCCAUCAGCAUUCACUACGGACCAUUGCUAUAUGCAUUUGAGAUCGACUUCGAGACCAAAACAAGACUUCCUCGCAACUACAAGGACCAGUCUUCCGACUGCGCUGAAAUUCUUGCCGUAAGAGAGCAGGAGCACGAGCCAUGGAUGACACAAACACGAGACCAUGACUAUCUUCCCCUCUCUGAUUGGAACAUUGGUAUCGAUCCAUCAAAGACAGUGAAGGUUGUUGUUGAUAGACAGCCUUGGAGUGAAGGAGAGCAAAGGAAGGUUUCUGGCCUCCCCGAUCCGGUCUGGAACACCGGGGCUUCUCCCGUGCAUCUCGAAGUCACAGCAGCUUGGGUCAGUUGGCCUACUCUUAACGGGACGGCAGCUGAUCCUGGUGAUGUGGAGAGGAAAGUUCAGGGCGACCCUUUUACGGCCAAGUUGGUACCAUACGGAACUGCGAAGCUUCACGUAGCCCAGUUUCCGGUGGUGGAUAUUGCAAGUUAG